GACAAGGCUUCAUGAGUGUUCCCAUAACACACACCCAUGUCGCAACCUAACCUACAGGCUAUUUCUUGAUGUGAUUUCAAGCACGUGUACAUAAGGAGACAGGAGAACCUUCUGACUGCUUAUUCAAACUGGUAUUAUUUCUCAGGAAUUUUUAAUGGCUGAUGUUGAUGAGUAAGGAUAAUUUGACUUGAGAUAUUUUUGGGCAGGAUUUAGAGGGAAAAAUUCAUUAAAAUGCAUAGGAAUUACUCAGGUUUUUAUAAUCAAGCCUUGACGAAAAUUUGGUCUUGCAAGCAGGAGUUGCUCAGUGGCUAUGCCCUGGGAAGGUCUCCAGGAAAGGGCACCUCAGCUUAGGCACUGUACAGGGAGAUUAUUAGCAGGGAGGCAAUGUCUGUUCACCAUGACAUCAGCGGUCCCUUCUUGGACAUUCUAUUGGGUCCUAGAGAGUUCUUGGCAUCCUCUGUGAUGUCACCAGCGUUGUAGUAACCACCAGUGCCCUACUUUUUCUCAGUCCCUGCCUGGCACAUACAAAGGAAGACAUGUUUUCCCGGCUUCGCAAGAAUUUUGGGAGAGUGAACGCCGAUUUUGGACAGACUGGAGUGAGGGAAUCUCGCCUUUCAUCAAAAAUAAAUGAUGGACAAAGAAAGCUGGCCUGGGGAAUGCUGAAGGAUGGGAGACUGACAUCAUCCCCUGGCCCUGUGGUAAUCAACAAGGAGACCAACACGGACAACACAGAAGAGCAGAGACUGAUUAGACAGCUGCAGUCAGCUACUGAGGAGAGAAAUGAGCUAAGAGAUCUCCUGACUUACGUGACAGAGAGAUACAGGAACAACAGGGCCAGCCGCUACAUCAGGUCAAAUCCAUUUUAUGAAAAAUUGAAGAUAAAGGAGAGGGAGGUCAUGUCAUUACUGCACAACUUAGAGAUGAGGAACAUCGAGCAUUGUGAGAAAUUUCAGGAGCUCCAGAAGGAAAUUAACUUCUAUCGGAACCUGCCCAGCCGGAUCCAUAUGGACAAGAUAUGUAUGCAGAAGAAGUUGUUCCCAUUCAGAAAGGAGAGCAAAGCAGAACAGCUUGAUUCUGCACCGCUGCUACAGAAAUUUUUGUUUGAUUUGAACAAGAAAGAUAAAGACGAACAGGAGAAAACCAGCAACCUCCAGACCAAGCAACAUCUGGUAGGGACAAGCAGCUGUGUCAGCCUAAAAAUAUCUGAUUCCAUUUGCCAAUUUGAUACAUGUUUACUUUCCCUACCACCUUAAUAAUGUACACUCCAACAAUACAACCACCUCAUGCAAUGGAAUGUUCAUUCCUCUGUCUGUGCACUAGUAUUCUGGGAAGACAACCACUUUUCAGGAACUGACUUAUUAACAACUAUUUUUGGUGCUCGUUUUGAAGCUGCAGUCUGGAAAUGGUGACAGAUGAAUAACCUAUCAUAUUACUGCAUGUCCCUGUGAUAGAAUGGAUGCUAUGUAGCGCUUUGAACAAGUUUUGUUCCUGUGAUAAAUGAUAUUCUGUGGUCAUGUGACCUCCAAGUUGGGAAGCACCUUUCAGGGAUAAGAACCGAGUGCAAAUGACAAAUUAUUCUUUGUCAUUGGUUUUAAUCUUGGUGACAGGUUGACUUCUCCUUUCAUCCUGCAACCCAGUGAGGUCUCUUCCCAUUGCCCUGUUCUUGGUUUGCAUUGGUUAAAGUCUGAGGCCCAGAUGGGCAGCCCACAUUACUGUCAGGGUUGCUGUAGAUUUUGCCCUGCCCACAGACACACCAGCAAUGUUAUCAGUUAACACAUCAAUGGUGACCUAAAAUAGAGCUGAAUGGGUAGAAGGCAGCAACCUGACAGCUGGCAUGCAAGUCCCCAACACAUCAGUUUCUGAAUAACUGCCUUCCUCUCCCUGGUCUCAGAAAUUGCAAAAGAGCUGGAAUGGGAAACACAGCAGGAAGAGAGACUCCUGAAGAGUAGGUUGCUUUCUCAGGAUUCCCCUGUGGACCUCCAUCCUGGAUAAUACCAACAUUUUUUGGAUGAAUACUCUCCCUCAUAGUUUAAUUUAUUUUUUGCUAAGAAACACUAAAUUUAUCUUUCACUAAGCCAGCCUGACUGAUUGAUAUCUUAUUCUCUUCCUGUUUAGGAUAACACCAUUUGAGAGACCACUUGGGGACUGCAUUGCCAUUUUGCCUGCUAGAGGAGAAAC